AUGGACCCCACUUCCCGUGUGGCUCACCUUGCGGAGGUCCAGGAUAAUCUCUCAACCACCACGACAACCACGUCCGGCCCCGAGCCUUCACGUCCAGCUCGGGUGUCGACGUCUUCCUCCUGGUCUUCCACUUCGCCCUUCGCUGCGGCCAGCUUUUUCGUUCCAGCAGAGAGUUCGGCGACACCCUUCUGCCACUCUGAGGGUGGACCACUUUCCCCGGAUUGCUCACCGAACAACCUGUCCGGCAACGAUGGUGUGCCGUCUGUGUUUGAGCAAAAAGCGUCCCCGUCGUCCGUUAAAAAGUCCUUCAAACUGUGUAGGCAGCUGGCGUCGCCUGGGUCGGCCCGCACCUCUGACGACUCUCCCUGCUCCUCCGAGAAGGGGAUGACUGCCGAGUCCUCCGCACUGGCAGGGCGGCAAAAGAAGGUGUCUCGGAGAGACCAGUGCGUGGACGACAAACGCUCCUCUCCGGUCAAGCUGCGUGUUUCUCCAAGGUUUUCUCCAGAUGGCGCGAAACUCAGUGAAAAGACCGCAAAGGGAAACCCUCAGUCUGUUCGCACGCCUACUCGAUCGAGUCCACGUCUCCAGCUUCGUGCGGCCUCGCCACCUUGGGCAGACGAAUCGCAGCUCCACGCUGAGGGCGGCGUCAGUUCGCGGAAGAGGUCCACCAGAAAAGGAAAGUGCCAGACAACCUCAAAGCCCGCAGCCGCAAGAAAGGGAUCGCAGGGAAGCUCUGUACACGGUGACGGCGUCACCAGGGGACACGUCGAGGCUGGCCUGGGAGUUGACGCGACGGGCCAGAAGUCUCAACCUGACUGCAACGGUCAGACGAAGUCGGCCGUAAAGAAAAGAGAGGAGCCUGCCGGUGUCGCGUCUGGGACUCGCCGCAGGUCAAACACUGCGUCUCGUGGUGCUUCAGCUAGAAAAGAAACGCCUCGCUCAGUCUCAAAGCAGAGACAGAGAGGAGCCCGGAAAACCCGGGUUCCCAACAAGAACGACCAGGCGUCGGAGCUGACAGCGGCGGACGGUCCCGCGGAAGCAACACCUGCGUGUGAAGGCUACCCCGUUUCAGUCUCUCCAUUGUCAGUUACCAAGCGAGGACGUGACACCGGGGACGAGUGUGGACCCGCUCUCAGCUCCAAGCGGAAGAAACUUAAGCUGAAGGAAGAACAUGCGGGGGCGCAGCAGCGGGGAGGAAGUGCGAAGUCAGUCGACGACGGAACCGACCACAGCAUCUGUACUUCUCGUAGUACAUCCAAAAGAGACAAGGGACGGACAUUCGCUGACGACCCCGCGGGGGAGCCCGACGUGCAAGACGCAGUGGUCGCCAGCGGUCCAACAGCACAGACCCCUCUUUCGGACCUUGUCUUUGUGAAGCCAGUCUCAAGUCUCUCUCAUACCCGCGCUUCAGCGGAUGAGGGUGACGGGGCGAAACCGAGCAUGCUGUCAAGCGGCAUGCUGCCCAACCAAGUAGCGGACUGGGGAACGGAAGAGCCCAAUGACGAGGAAGAGAUACGAGAAGUUCCGCGACCAAGGAUCAAAGGGCCUUAUGAAUCGAGCGACAAGGCACGACGGAUGCUCUCGACUGCGUCGACCGUUUCAGGUGGAGCCGCUUCGAACCCUCCGCUAAGACUCCUCGUUGCUGACGCCCCACUUAGUCCUGAAAUGGACACAGGAGCAUUCUGCUCACCCGCUCUUUCCUCCAGCGAAACGCCUGCUGAUCCCCCUGCGUUCUUUCACCAUAAGGUCUUGCGCCCGACUCCGCCGGUUGCUGAAGCCCCAGAGUUUGAUCUUGGUCUGUUUCUGGUGCGGACGGCGGCGCUGUCAAAGCAUGCAGACGAUGUAGCCCCGUGUCUUGCGGAUAAGGAGCUGAUGGAGUUCUCCGUUGUUCCUCGAAAGUAUAUCUCUCCACCGGCCGCGGACAAGCCUACCCAAACUUUACAAGAGAGAUUUUUGCAUAUGAAACUUCUCGCCGACAUCCCGAAAGUCGAUGGGACGUACCAAAUCGGGCUUGACAUGAAAGACGCAAGCUGGUAUAGGCCAAAGAGUCCCGAGACAGGAAUGGCGCAGGCUAACGCGAAGGAAUCAACUAUGAAGAAAUUACUUGAGGAGCAAGGGCACUGGAACCCAUUUUCAGUUUUCGGCUCCUCGUUGCCUUGUGUAGAGUUGGAUGACGUUUUUGACUAUGAGGUGUACAGCACAACUGCUCCUUCGGCACGCGUAUCUCACCCUCUGUUCCGCCGACUGGCUCAAUUCUAUGAAUUCAAGGAUCUCUGGAAAACGGUGACCCCAACAGAAUGGGAGAAGGUUCGAUCUUCGUUCAAGACGCACUGGAAGAAACAGUACAAACUGGAUCUGGACUGGCGAAACGACCCCGUUACUGUGGAAGAGUUUAUGUGGAUGUUGGAGGCGAACGGACAGACCGAAGACAAGACGGAAAUCGUCUUCCACUCCGAGGUGUGCUUUUGUGUAACGCCGAACCCGGCCGAAAAUUUCGCUUGGAACGACCCCCGAUGUCAUAAAUAUCAGGUGAGUAUGUGUGCGGAGCGGCUGUGCUAUACUCGGCUUUUCUGUUCUCUGAUUUCACUCAGUCAAGUGCAUGUUGCGGUAUCCAAUCUUCUUUUUAGGUGCCGAGACCGUCAAUGA